AUGGAUGAGAUCCGUUCCCGCAUGGAUGCAAUGAAGCCACAAGAUACCCGAAGGAUCAUUCAACCCUCUUCGAUUGCCAAUGUGGACGCGCGUCGUGGCCUGUGCGUAUGGACACCGUCACCGCCGAUCCAUACGCAUCUUCCUCUCACUGACGGUAAAGCCGACUCCGUUUGGUUUGAUCAGAUCCAAUCUGCACUCACAAAUGCAAGGUCCGAAGCGCCACAAGCACCGCCAGGUAUGAGCUAUGGUGAGUUUGUGCGACAAGAAGCUACGCGUUUCGACACAAAAGAGCUGGAUCUUGCGCAUAUGAAGACGGAGCUGAAGCACUUCGAACGCCAGUGUACAUUGCUGCAUGUAAGCUUGGAUCUGCUCAGCAUACGGGGCAAAUUACUUCAAAUAGCAGAUGAUCGACCAUCAGCACAUUUGUCACAUCAGAGCGAUCAAACCAACGAUGCCGGCAGCAACAUACAGGAAAGCACCCCGACGUGCGGCUUCGAUGAGCGACUAUGCAUGGAUGACGAGUUGCUUGCAGCAUGGGCAACCUCAGCACAUGGCCGAGCGGUACUGAAUGAUGAGCAGCCGUGGAACAUCGAAGACUCCUCAGCACAUAUUUGCACCGUCGCACAGCGCGACUGCAAGCGACAUGCUGACUGGUCAGCUAUGCGAGCAGCCGAAUUGGACAUGCUUCGUGAUGCACAGACUGCACAGCUCAGUGCACUAUCAGAACGGUCUCAUAUGCUCCGUAUCACUAUAGAACGUGCAUAG